AUGGCCACCAUUCAAGAACUUGGUGAGAGAAUCGCGCGGAACUCAGCUCUGGUCAACAAGUGGCUGGCCAGCAAAAAAUGCAAAACUCCAUCCUUCGAUCGCGAUGCAGACCAAGAAUUCCCUUCGACGGCAGAUUCGCUCGAAAUAGAAGCUGCACGUCUCGCAAUCAUAGAUGAUACGAGUGCUCUGCAUGAUUUGACCAUUGGUCCUGGUGAGGUCCUACGUCGACUCUGCUGGGGUUCCAUUGACAACUCAGUGCUUCAAUGUAUCUACCAUUUUGGAAUCCUCGACACUGUCCCCAUCAAUGGCAGUGCAACCUAUAAAGAUAUCUCGUCCCAAAUCGGUCUCGCGGAACCUCAAAUCAAGGCCAUCAUACGCCAGGCGGCUGUCAAUCGUGUGAUGCGCGAAGUGGACGGCAGCAAUGGAACUCGAGUAGAGCACACAGCCUCGUCCGCACUUCUCCUUCGCAAUCAUGUCAUGAGAGAUUGGUACGGGCAUUGUGUGGAAGAGAUGUUUCCCGCCGGAGCCAAGCUCGCCGAGGCUCUUGAGAGAUACCAGGGUAGCAAGGCCCCUGAGGACAGCGCAUUCAACUUGGCUUUCAACACGAGAGAUCCGAUCUACAAAUUUCUUGAACAGCACCCGGAGCGUCAAGCUCGUUUCUUUGGUGCGAUGGAAGGAGUGGGCAAAGACCCGGGUCAUGAUCUCAGACACGUCGUCACUGGCUAUCCCUGGGCCAAGCUAGGCAAUAAUGCUACUGUCGUGGAUGUUGGUGGCUCUUCCGGCUUCCUCAGCAUCGCCCUGGCUGAAAGCCACCCAAAUCUUACAAAAUUGGUAGUCCAAGACUACAAGCAUACGGUUGAAGAGGGAGCCUCUCGGCUACCCUCACACUUGUCUGAACGGGUACAAUUUGUGCCACAUGACUUUUUUCAGCCGCAACCCACACCCAGGGCGGACGUGUAUGUGCUGCGUCAUAUUUGUCACAAUUGGUCGGUAGAAAAUUGCGCCGGCAUUCUGCGCCAGAUUGUCCCAGCUUUGAAGCCCGACAGCAAAAUAUUGCUUGUUGAGGUUGUCGUUACGCCCUCCAACGUGGAAGAAUCCAAGGUAGCCGAAAGAUACAUGAGGAACGUGGACGUCACAAUGCUCCAGAUGCUGAACACCCAGGAGCGGAGCCGAGAGGAGUGGCAGGAUGUUGUAAACGCAACUGACCCAGCGUUGGAGAUUACUGGUAUCUACAAGCCAAAAGGCAGCUGGGAUUCCAUUAUUGAGAUUUCACCGAAGACCUUGCCGAAUUAG